GCGUGAGCCGUAACUGGAAGUGUAACUGUAACCGUAGCGGAAGCUAUGCAGGAUGGUCUAGGUAUUGAUGCUUAGGAUGCUUAGCGACGGAGCGGACGCAUGGAGGAAGACAUGGUUUAGGGGAGAUGGGUAAUUGAGUUUAUAUGAAAGACAGGUGGACUGGGGUCUAUGUUACAUAUAAAUAUAUCUAGAAGUAGAAGAGGAGUGAAAGACAGGAGUAGAAGGAGAAAAGUUAUUAGUGGUGGGUUGGCGGAAGUGACGCAUUGUGGUUGUAUGGGUGGGUUUGGUGGGCUUUGGUGGGGGUGGCAUGGCAUGGCAUGGUACUGGUACUGUCUGUGUAUGCUAUGUAGAUUGGUAGCGGAGGAGACAGUCGGUGGGCGGCGGCGGCGGCGGCGGCGGAGGCGGAUGUUGAUGUCCUUUGGGACAGGCACAUGGCAGGAAUGGCAGAAAUGGUAGGCAAAAAGGAAGAAAUUGAUAUCCUAAAGAUACCCCGAGACCCAAAAAUGAUCCGAUGCUCUAGCCAGUGGGAAGG